AUACGAGCAAUAGCCGGCAUUUUAUAAGGACAAUUGCAUCCUGCUCGGUCCUGUAAUCUGUGCUUUCAGAUAUCGGCAUAUUUGCGAUAAGAAUCAAACAUCAUCUAAGACCACUUGGUCUUUUCAUUGCUCCCAAUGGCGCCUGGGAUUUUGACCUUCGUGGAGCAGGCGGCCGAGUAUUCGCCGACCAAAGGCUUCGUCUUCUAUAGUGUAGGCAGUGACGAACCGGAGACGAUCUUAUAUCCGGACUUCUGGCGCCUCGUCAAGCGCAAUGCUCAGACCCUAGUCGAACAGGAUAUUGCUGGGUCCGACCGGAUCCUUCUGGUCCAUUUCGACUCUCACAAAGAGAACAUUAUCUGGUUCUGGUCUGCCAUCGCGGCCGGAUCCGUUCCAGCUGUGUCUACUCCUCUGGCGGUAGACCCCGUGGCGAGAGAACGCCAUCUAACCCAUCUCCAAAGACUCUUAGAACACCCCAAUGUCCUCACCAGUAAGAAGCAUGCAGGAGACCUGAGCCUCAUCAAUGAUUCUCAAAUGUUCUAUAUUGAGGAUCUUGCCCCCAAUGAAAAUCAGGAUGCAGAUUAUCAGCCAGCAGACCGCUCGACAGAUCUCGCACUGCUGCUCCUCACCUCUGGAAGUACGGGUAAUGCAAAAGCGGUGAUGCUGCACCACUCGCAAAUAUUUUCCGCAAUCGAGGCGAAGUGGAAGGCGCUUUCAAGCACCCCCGAAAAUAUCUUUUUAAACUGGAUCGGUUUCGACCAUGUCGCUUGUCUGAUGGAAAUGCAUAUGCAUGCAUUGUCCAGAGGAGCCCAUCAAAUUCAUAUCCCUGCUGUGACGGUCCUGGAGAACCCUCUACUUUAUCUGGAGAAGUUGGCAAAAUAUUCAGUCACCAACGCUUUUGCCCCGAAUUUUCUCGUGUCCCUUGUUGGAAAGGCUAUCGAGACACGACAGGAGCAAAAUGCUCGCCCACUGGAUCUGGACUUGAGUCGCUUGCGCGUGGUCCUGUCUGGAGGUGAAGCCAAUCUUGCAUCAACAAGCAUCUUGUUCAACCGUAAACUUGUCGAGAUGGGAGCAGCCAAGAAUGUGCUUCACCCAUCUUUCGGCAUGACAGAGACUUGCGCGGGGAUCCACUACCACUACAGCUUCCCCGAGCUCGAACAGAAGGCCAAGCUGCAAUUCUGCUCCGUUGGACAAGCAACCCCCACCCUGCAAAUGCGGGUCACGGAUGAGCACGGGGAACCAGUGAGAAGCAGUGAGAUUGGAAACCUGGAAUUGCACGGCCCGAUGGUCUUCAAAGGCUAUUUCAACGACGACAAGAACACCAGGGCCUCCUUCACUGAGGACGGUUGGUUCAGAACUGGUGAUACUGGGUAUAUCGACAACCGCGAUAACCUGGUGCUGUCCGGACGGUCCAAGGACAGUAUCAUCAUCAAUGGAAUCAAUUUCUAUUCCCACGAGCUGGAGAACGCUAUUGACGCAGCCGGACUUGAUGGUCUUGUCCCAUCUUACACCGUGGUGGUCUCAUCUUGGCUUGAGAAUGCAGAUAGCGAAGACGUUAUUGUCUUAUAUCAAUCCAGUCAGAAAGGGACUGAAGAUGACAGAACCUUCCUCGAGACCAUCAGUUCGAUCUCCAGGGUCACCGCCCUUUAUUGCUCCAAGCAGCCGGUGGAUAUCAUCCCACUUCCGGUAGAGCUGCUCCCCAAGAACUCUCUGGGCAAGCUCCCUCGCACCAAAUUGAAGCAGCAGUACGAAGAUGGUCGUUUCAACUCAUACCGAGACCUUGCCGCACAAAGAGCUUCAUCAUAUCGUGCGCAAUCUAAGCGGGCCCCGCAGAACAGCAUGGAAGAAACACUUGCUGGUAUCUUUGCGGACGAAUUUGGCCUGGAUGUGUCUGAAGUCGGUGUGGAUGACAGUCUCUAUGACAUGGGCGUGAACAGUGUCCGGUUGAUUCGAUACAAGAGAAUUGUGGAAACUCGUCUUGGUCUGACCGAGGAAAUCCCUAUGAUCACGAUCCUGCAGAACCCGACAAUCGAAGCAUUGGCUGUUAUGCUUCAGGAUCUUCAGAAGGGUCCCAAGGAGUAUAACCCUGUGGUAGAACUUCAAAGCGGCCCCUCCAAGUCUCCCCCGAUCUUCUUCUUCCAUCCCGGAAUGGGAGAGGUCCUCGUGUUCCUUAACUUCAGCAAGUACUUUGCUGACCGUAAAGUAUAUGCUCUUCGCUCUCCGGGAUUUAACCCAGGCGAAAAAAUGUUUACAUCUGUCGACGAGAUGACUGACGUCUAUCUCAAGUCCAUCCGAGAGCUUCAACCGGAAGGACCGUAUAUUUUCAUCGGCUAUUCGUAUGGAGCCAUGAUUGCAUUCGAAACUGCCAAGAAGGUCGAGGCUUCUGGCGACAAGGUCGGAUUCCUGGGCAGUCUGAACCUCCCGCCGCACAUCAAGAAGCACAUUCGCGAGAUGGACUAUGUUGAGUCGCUGCUCCAUCUAGUAUAUUUCCUCGGGUUUAUCACCGAAGAGGAUGCCCAUCAUAUGUCCCCUGACAUGCACAAGCUCCCCCAUGACGAGGUCCUUCCAGCCAUCAUGAAAGUCUCGGAUAAGGAACGCGUUAAUGAACUAGCUAUGGAUGAGGGAAAAAUUCGUGACUGGGCCAUGUUGUCAUCCAAGCUCCAAGAAUUAGCCCACACAUAUGACCCCUCCGGAACCGUGCAGGCGAUGGAUGUUUUCUAUGCCAUCCCGUUGGUUUCUGUCGGCAGGGACAAGGACGUCUGGCUCAAGCAGCAUCUGAUGAGAUGGAAAGAACAUGUCAAGUCAGUCAAGUUCCAUGAUGUUCCUGGUUCUCACCACACGAUGAUGGCGGAGGAGAAUGUCUUUGCAUUACACAAGAUUCUCCGGGGAGCUUUGAACGAGCGGGGCAUGCUCUAA